GUGGAAAAGCGUAAAGCUUCUAAAAGAAAAUAUAUACGAAAGAAACAUGCACAAACUGUUAACCCUAAGAGACUAAAAUUAUCAGAAGUAGACAAAGUAGAAAAGCGUAAAGCUUCUAAAAGAGAAUGUAUACGAAAGAAACGUACACAAGCUGUUAACCCUAAAAGACUAAAAUUAUCAGAAGUAGACAAAGUAGAAAAGCGUAAAGCUUCUAAAAGAGAAUGUAUACAAAAGAAACGUGCACAAACUGUUAACCCUAAAAGACUAAUUAUCAGAAGUAGACAGAGCAGAAAAGCGUAAAGCUUCUAAAAGGGAACAUAUGUGAAAGAAACGACAAAAUAUGCAAAAUAUGAAUAUACAGAAGAAUGCCAACAGUUGCAGUGCUGUAUUGCCAAGCUGUGGUGAAAAUUAUGCAAAUUCUUGCACAUCCAUGGUAGCCAAGUUUCAUAGGAAUAUAAGUUGCGGUCCUGAGUACAUAUGUACCUGCUGUGAUUAACUGUGGUACAGAACAUCAGUAAGAAAAUGCAAUACAAGUAAUUAUACCAACUGCCAAAAAACCUUGUUCAGUCCUGCAUCACGGAGUAAAAAGUAUUGACAAUACUGAAUGGAUUUGUAAUACUUGUCAUUUAAAUAUAAAAGAGGGUAAGUUACCGCAGUCUUCAAAGGCAAAUGGCACGAGUUUCCCCAAUAAACCAUCAGCGCUUGAUUUGACCCCAUUAGAGGAAAGGCUGAUAUCACCACGAAUUCCAUUUAUGCAAAUUCGUGAACUUCCAAGAGGCGGUCAGCUGUCUAUUCAUGGAAAUGUAGUAAAUGUACCAAGUGAUGUUAAUUCAACUGUGCACACCCUUCCUAGACUUGUCAGUGAGUCACAGACUAUCCCAAUAAAACUCAAGCGGAAACUAACCUAUAAGCAUUAUUAUCAAUUUCAGAAUGUGAGACCAAAAAAAGUAUUAGAGGCAGCUAAAUAUCUUGUUAGUACUAGUGAGUUGUUUAAAAGUGAAGGUAUAGAGGUUCACAAUGCAUAGCAAAACACUGUCACCACACAGGCUGAAGAAAAUGAUGAAUGGGACCAGUGUCUCAAUAAUGAUAAUAUUAAAAAAGAUUCUGACAAAAACACUCAAACUAUUGAAAAUAAUAAUGACAAGGAAAAUGCAAGUUCUAUAAAUUCUUAAACUAUUGACAAUGAUGAUGAUAAUUGGUGUGAAGUUGAUGAACGUCCUUCAGGAGUGACAGACACUUUAUUACAAGAACCAGAAAUAGCAGAGAAUGGUGAUAACAUUAUAAGUUUUGCACCAGGAGAGGGAAAUAAACCUUUGGGCAUAUUUAUGGACAAAGAUUUAGAAUUUUUAUCAUUUCCCACAAUAUUCUGUGGAAAACGUAGAGCAGAUAACAAAAAAAGGAAGGUUCCUAUUUCAUCUAGCACAAUAGCUAAGUGGGAAUUGAGAUGUCAAGACAGAAGAGCAGCACAAUCAGUCCCUAAUUUGUUUUAUAAGCUUAAAAAGCUACAAAUCAAGCAAAUUCAGGGCACUGCUAGCAUUUCUCUUCGAAAAUGUAAAACAAAAGGCAAGAAGUACACUGCUGGUGACUUAAAUUCAGAGGAUUAUGUUAAUAAGCUGAUACAUCUUGAUGAAGGUUUUAGAGUACUAAAAAAUCUAAGAGGAAGCCCAGGAUAUUUUCAAAAAUGCAAAAAGGAUUUGUUUGCUAUGAUCCGUCAGCUUGGCAACCCUACAUGGUUCUGUUCUUUCUCAGCUGCAGAAACAAGAUGGACACAUUUGCUCAAAAUUCUUGGCAGAAUUCUUGAAAAAAAGGAAUAUUCUGAUGAUGAAAUUAACAACAUGGCUUAGGAACAAAAAUCAAACCUUAUCCAGAGAGACCCUAUAACAUGUGCACGAAAUUUUGAGCAUAUGGUCCAGCUAUUUAUACAUGAUGUUCUCAGAAAUGAUGUUAUGCCAGUAGGACAAAUAACUUAUUAUUUUUACAGAGUUGAGUUUCAGCAAAGAGGAAGUCCUCAUAUUCAUGGUCUAUUCUGGGUGAAAGGUGCACCUCAAUAUGGAAAAAAGUUCUGAGGAAGAAAUUGUCAGUUUCAUUGAUAAAUAUGUCACUUGUCAAAAAGCUCGUACUGGUGAGAUGGAAGAACUUGUCAAUCUACAACUGCAUAGACAUGCUAAGACUUGUAAGAAAAUGGGACAGAAAGUAUGCAGAUUUAACUUUCCUUUGCCGCCAAUGCAACAAACUGUUAUUUUAACACCACUUGAAGAAUAUGACACUUUUGACAGUGAGAAGCAAAAAAAAUCAAAGAAAAUGCAAAGAAAAUUAAAGAUGAACUUGACUGUAUAAAAUUUGGUGAAGAUAUACCUUUUGAGCAAUUUCUAAAGAAAUCACGAUUAAAUGAGGAAAGUUACAUAAUAGCAUUAAGGCACACAAUAAAGCGCAGCACUCUAUUUUUGAAGAGACUGCCAUCAGAAAUAAGGAUAAAUAAUUACAACACACAAUUGCUGAAAGCAUGGAGGGCAAACAUGGAUAUGCAAUAUGUCCUAGACCCUUAUGCCUGUGCAACUUAUAUUUUAUCUUACAUUACAAAAGGGCAGAGAGGCAUGAGCAGGCUUCUGGAAGAAGCUACAGAAGAAGUUAAGUCAGGCAACAGAGAUAUCACUCAAAAAGUGAGGCACAUUGGAAACAAAUUUCUGAAUGCUGUAGAAAUAAGUACUCAAGAGGCUGCAUACUUGGUAUUACAAAUGCCAAUGAGAAGAUCUACACGUGACUUUCAGCUCAUUAAUACCUCCCAUCCUGAUGAAAGGACAUUCCUGUUAAAGAAAUUAGACAAGAUCAAGGAGCUACCAGAUAACUCAUGUGAUAUAGAAUCUGAUAACAUCAUUAAGCGCUACCAAAGAUGACCAAAACAGCUAGAAAACAUUUGUUUGGCUGAUUUUGUUGCCUGGUUAAAUUGUGUAAAGGAUAAUGAAUCGGACACUGUCUAUGGUGAUAAGUUUGAUAUAGGCUCUGACGACUUUAUGCCAGAAGCUUUUUAUGAUGUCAACACCAAUGAUGAUGACCCUUAUAAUAUGGAUGAACAACAAAGUGAACAACAGGAGCUCAAAAUGAAGGGUGGUAUGAAACUUGUUAAGAGAACAAAACCUAAAAUUAUUCGAUCUGUCCGAUUCCAUAUAAGCAAAGAUCCUGAAAAUCAUUACAGAGAGCAGCUUAUGCUUUAUUCUCCUUGGCGUAAUGAGAACACAGAUUUGCUAAGAGGUUGUGAAACGUAUCAAGAACGAUUUAAUCAGCUCAAUGAACUAGUUCUCUGUAACAGACAAAACUAUGAAUAUCACAGUGAAAUAUUAGAUAAAGCUAUGGCGGAUUUCGACAAUGAUCAUUUGGAAAAUAUGAUCUAUGACAGUGUUGCUCCAAAUGCACAACAUAUUAAUGAGCAAGACAGUUCAACAAAGCAAAAACCAAGUGAAUUGUUUGGUUGCUUUGAUCCAGGGAAUAAUAAACAACAUAGCCAAUAUGACUUGCAUGAUGACAUAGGCAUUUUCCCUAGAUGUGAUGACCAAGAGGAGCUUCUUGUAAAACGCAUUUCAAAUGACGACUAUCGUAAGCUUGUUCGCUCAUUGAAUGAAAAACAAAGACAGUUCUUUUAUCAUGUAUUACAUUCAGUAAAAACCAGCGAUGACCCUCUCAGACUUUUCUUGUCAGGUGGUGCUGGUGUUGGUAAAUCCAGUGUUACAAAUGCACUGUAUGAAGCACUGAUAAGGUAUCUAAAUAGCAUAGCAGGUGAAAACCCCGAUGAGAUCAAUGUGAUUAAAGCAGCUCCAACAGGAAAAGCAGCAGUCAACAUCAAAGGAAAUACAUUACAUGCAGCCUUUAAAAUACCUGCCAAUAAGGGAUUUGAAUAUUGUACCCUUGAUAGUGACAGACUUAACACCAUAAGAACAAAUUAAGAAAACUAAAAGUUCUAUUCAUUGAUGAAAUCUCAAUGGUAGGAGGUGGUAUGUUCAAUUUCCUUAAUCUAAGGUUACAACAGAUAAUGGGAAACAAGGAACCAUUCGGAGGAAUAACUGUGAUCACUGUUGGAGAUCUGUUCCAGUUAAAACCUGUUUUUGACAGAUGGAUUUUUGAAAAUCCAAACACAUCUUAGAGUACUUUAGCAUCUAAUUUGUGGGCAGACUUUUUUAGUUUAUUUGAAUUAACAGACAUAAUGAGGCAAAAAGAUGAUAAACAGUUUGCAGAGGUGCUUAACCGUCUGAGAGAAGGAAAGCAUUCUGAACGUGAUAUUGACUGUUUAAAGGAAAGGCUUUUACACACAGUCCCUGGAAGUGAAAAUUACCCCUGGAAACAACCCAUUUGUUUACUACAAAUACAUCAGUAAAUGCACACGACAAUAGCAUGUAUGCUAAAUGUGAAAGUGACAAAUGCCAAAUAAAGGCAAUAGACAUUGUAGUUGGAGAUAUUUCUGAUGACCUUAAGAAACAAAUGAAGGACAAAAUACCAAAUGAUCCAACAAAAACAAUGGGUUUAUACUCACUUACCUCAAUAGCCACCAAUGCAAAGUAUGAUUUAACAACAAAUGUUGAUGUAACAGAUGGUUUAACAAAUGGUGCAGAAUGUGUCAUUAAAACAUUGACUACAGGGUGGAAAACUCUAGCGGAC